CCGAGCUCAGGGAUACAUUGAAAUUUCCUCUCGCAGACAGUAACAUUCUCUAAGAUCUGUCAACAUGUCGAUCGGUCUCCUCACCUCGACCAUCCAAGUCCUUAAAAGGGUCACGGACCAAGCGCAACCCUACGUCAUAUCAUUCGGCGAAGGACUGACGACCAUGAUGGAUGCGGGGAGUGAGAAAAAUUUUAAGCAUCUCGCAACGAAAAAGUCCAGAUGGCAACUGAUGCGUCUGAGUGCAGCCGUGUGUGGCAUAGAGCUAUGCUACGCCGCGGAAACAGCUUUCGUCAGUCCGAUCUUACUAAAACUAGGGGUUCCAAUAUCCCUUAUGACACUUGUGUGGUGUGUUAGUCCCUUAAUGGGUUUCAUUCUUGUUCCGCUCCUCGGAUCCCUUAGUGACCGCUGUAGAUUGCAAUAUGGCCGUCGAAGACCUUUUAUUCUACUUUUAUCAGCUGGAAUAAUUCUCGGAUUAAUAUUAGUUCCGAACGGAGAGACACUAGGCGAGUACAUAGGAGACAAUGAUUCACAUCAUGUGAACAGAACUACGUUAAACACCAGUUUAUAUGACGCAUUUAAUGAUACAAAUCUAAGCGACACGCAAACAGAACAGCCAAUUAAUUCUACAUUAGAUUCUGAGUGGCACAUUCCUAAAAUCCCUGAUAAUCACGUGUCUGGAAUCGUUUUAACAAUAUUUGGCGUAGCAUUAUUAGAUUUUAGCAGUGAUGCGGCUCAAUCUCCUUGUAGGGCUUACUUACUUGAUAUCAGUAUUUCAGCAGAUCAUUCCACAGGUUUGACAUCAUUUACCGUAUUGGCCGGUCUGGGGGGUUCCAUCGGUUACAUAAUGGGAGGAAUAGAUUGGAAUAAAACAAACUUCGGGAAGUCAUUUGGUGGUCACACAAGGGUAGUGUUUACCUUGGUGCUUAUUGCAUAUAUAUUUUGCGUAUUGAUAACUGUUACAAGUUUUAAGGAAGUACCUCUUGACGAGUUACGAGGUGGCAAGGCGGAACAAAUGCAGAGAAAAAAGAAGAAGAAAGGGAAAUCAAAAUACAAGAAAUUUGUGAACGAAGACACGUCAUCUUCUGAAUCAGAAGAUGAGUAUAGAAGCAAUAGUCAAACUCUUAAACAGUCAACGUCUGCAAGCUAUGGCACUUUGGAUGAGAGUAUAACCGGGAGUAGGUCUACGAAAACGAAUGACACCGGUCUUGAAAAUGACAAAACUGUAACAGUAACUUCGAACCCCGAGGCGUCAGUCAACAAUAUAGUAACAUAUUCGACGGAAGUGACGUUAAAAACGUAUCUGUUAUCAAUCAUUCAUAUGCCUCGGUCGAUCGCCAUCUUGUGUCUGACCAACCUGUUUUGUUGGAUGUCAUUGGUUUGUUACUCGUUGUACUUUACAGACUUCGUUGGUCAGGCGAUAUUCGAGGGUGACCCCCAGGCUCCAAUGGGAAGUGUGAAACACGAACUUUACGACGAGGGAGUGCGAUUAGGAUCGUUCGGAAUGUCUCUGUACUCUCUGUCAUGUGCAAUGUAUUCGCUGUGUAUAGAAAAGCUCGUCGAUAAAUUUAAAGCGAAGAAGAUUUACAUUGGCGGUCAACUUGUAUACACAUGCGGGAUGAUAAUUAUGGCCCUCACGAGACACCGAAUUGCAGCCGUACUACUUUCGCCGUCUGCUGGAAUAAUGUAUGCCACUUUGUUCACAAUGCCGUACCUGUUACUGGCUAACUACCACACCAAAAGUCAGUUCUCGACGAAUCCUGCAGACAAGACGGUCCGCGGUCUGGGGACGGACGUAGCCGUGGUCAGUAGUAUGGUGUUCCUGGCACAAUUCAUCCUCUCUGCGUUUGUUGGUACAAUCAUCGACGCCGUGGGUAGUAGUGUCGCUAUCGUGGUGGCAGCAGCCAUCUUUAGUUUCAUUGGCGCGUGCUGUGCAACGCAAGUUAUGUACCUGGAUUUGUAGUUAUGUAAACAUGACAAUGGAAAUGGACUGCUAUUUUUGUCUGCGUAUAUGUUGCAAAUAAUUGAAA